AGAGAAAGUUGUAAUCUGAGCGUUUGUAGCAAGGAACCAGCCUUUUCAGGGCCUUUUAAUCCAACAGGUGAAUUUCCGACAGGAGAGUCGGAGAAACCUGUCUUAGAAAUCCGUCAUCAUCCAGCUGUAACUGGAAAUUGGAUCCACGAAACAUCAUGUUUAAGAUUGUGCCGAAGUUCAUUUUGCUACUGAUGCUGGUUCUACCGGCUUCAGUACUACUAUCGAAUCGUGCAUCACUAGUUGCAGACGCCGAAGAGGACACAGUGGAAGAUGUGCUGGAGGGAGAGGAGAUAGAGGAUGAGGAGGAAGACGAGGAAGACGACGAGGACGGGCAGAUUGAGACAGAGGAGGAAGGAGGAGGCGGGGCAGGGGAGGAGAAGACAGCCGCGGCCAAGACGGGAGAGGAGGAGGCAGAGGAAGAAGACGAGCAGGAACAACUCAAGGCGGCCGAGGAUGUCGAGACCACCCUGCUCUUCACCAAGAAUGCCGACAAAGAAAUACCAGUGAACAAGCUGAUCCAGAUCCUGGUGGGCUUUACCAACAACGGCAAACAGAACUACAUGGUCGAGAACAUCCAUGCCUCGUUGCGUUACCCGCAGGAUUUCUCCUACUACAUCCAGAACUUCACAUCGAGGGAGUACAACACACUCAUCGAGCCAGGCAAGGAGGCCACACUCGAGUACAUAUUCCAGGCCAGCGAGUCCUUGGCGCUGCGACCGUUUGGCUUUGUCAUGGAACUCCACUACAAAGACGCUGAAGGGAACCCGUUCAUGGAUGCAGUCUUCAACGACACGGUUCAGUUCAUAGAACAAGACGAGGGACUAGACACAGAAACGUUCUUCUUGUACGUGUUCCUGGUUGCGCUGGUCGUCCUGCUGGUCGUCGGGGCCCAGCAGCUGGUAGUGUCAUUAGGGAAGAAGAGAAAAGUAGCCAAGCCCGUUGUGGAGACGGGCACGCAGAACCACACAGACAUAGACUAUGACUGGAUUCCCAAGGAGAACAUUGCAGUCAAAAAAUCGCCCUCGCCUCGCAAGUCCCCGCGCCGACGCACUGCCAAGAGAGCGACGGGGUCUGGGGACGAGUGACAUGCCUGGUCACUCAACCCUUGGCCCCCCCUCCCAGCGUAGUCACACUCUCACCAAUAGUUGGGGUGAAUUUACCUGUUGGGUAACAAACUCAUUAUCAGUCAACAGUGCGUUAACAUGAAACGUGAUUUUUUUUUUUUUUUUAAUGCAUGGACAUCACUAUGCAAAUUAAUGAUUUGCCAAAUGCUUUCUGAAUGGUCCCUGAAAAUGUGGUCACCAUGAAGUCAGUCCACAGAGUGACACAGUUUUUACUGGCCACCAAAUUGGCUGUUGCGGCCACUUCAUGGAUGUUGAACUACAAACGACUCCCGUACUGACUUGUAGUAUAUCCCCCUCCCAAAAGCAGGGACGAGGAAAAAUAUGACUGACACUCACCACUACUACCCCUGAGUGGCUGGUAUUUGUGUACUAGUUAAGAAGACAAUAGGCAGUUGUUUAUACUUGGUCACAGCGUGUGCACACCCAUGUGCAUACAUUGUGUGCCUCUCCACCAAGUACCUCUCACAAGGUGUAACCCUGCCCUCACCGACUGUUCACUCAAGGUCAGUAAGGCCACCAACUCCAGUGACUACUGCAGAAGUCUUACUGCUCAGAAUUGAGUAAUUCAAGCAGUGUAACAGUACAGAUACAUGUGCGCCUAUUUUUCCCAGUUGCCGUGACCGAGAGUAGUCCCCUUGAAGGGGUAGAAUUUUCAUCCAUUGAUCAAGAUUUGUUGACUGAUAAUGAACCAGAUGUUUUUUAUCUCUUCAAUUCACAAGCCAAAAUGCUUUUAACUCCAAUUACAUUACUAUUUAGCCUCAUACAAUUUUCUUUCAAUUUUUGUGAACCGCACAGUUAGAUUUUAUCUGGAAAGAGCCUCAUGAAAGAAUAAAAAACACCUGGAAAUUUUAUACCUUUGUCCGUCUUGUGUUGUUUUGAUAAUCGUAGUCCAGCGUAAACAUAGAUCAUUUUGAUAAUUUAGUAAGUAGCAAUUACCCCACAAAGACAAAAAAUGUUUUACUAUGAAGACAUUUUGAAGUAAAUGAAGCUGUUUUGCGGUAUAACUAAGGCAAUUUGAGCAAUUGUAAUUGAGAUGUGGUCAAAACGCACAUGUUGGUGCAAUCCGUCAGCAGUUGAGCAAGUGAUCUGUAGAUGAAUUUGAGGAGACAUGCUAUUGGAUGCCACACUGGCAUUGCCACUUUUUUUUUUUAAAGUCAGGGCACAUUGUUGGUUGAAAAGGCAUUUGAUGCGCGCCUGUGACUUUGGCGAGCAUAGUGCCGCCGUGUAGAGGGUUUCCAUGGCUGCCAUCUUGCAGGCCAGUGCUGUGGCUCUACUGGGUAUGCUCAAAGAAAUUUUCCCUAUGGAACAGAAGAACUGCCCUGCAAAAUGGCAACCACCACAAGGCCUCUAUAGAUGGCUUCUAAUUUGUGUCACUUGAUUAGCCUACAAAUUGAUGUACCAUUGCAUAAGACACGGCACAUGAUACUUGGGAGUCAAUGGUUAUAUAUCAUAACAUGCCAUGAUGUCCUAUAGGUUGACAACCUCAUGAACAGCCAAAAUCAGAAUGAAAGCACACGCCACCCUGUUGAAUUUUGUGGUUACCUCUGCUUUAAGUAAUUGGCUGUUCUAGUUUAUAGCGGUAGUAAUGUCAUUAGGAGUGGAAACUGGACGUCUUCGUUUACCCAGCCAAUUAUUUAUUUUGCAUUGUGUUAAGAAUUUUAAUCACAAUACUUGAUGAGCAGUCAGCAUAACUGCUGGUGUAACUGGAGUUGACAAAUUCCGUCAAUUAACAAAUUUUAUUCUUCAGCUUCUGUGUGUGCUGUUUGUAGAUAAAGUGCUUGCACUACAAACCUCUGAAUCUAUUUUAAGUUUUUCAGUUUCCAGCCAUUGAUUUAGAAAGUGGAGGGGAAAAAAACGGAAAUUUUGAAGUCAGAAUUUUCAAGCAGAAAAACUAGAGGUUGGAAAACUCACAUAAUGUUGAGGUAUAAUUUUGAGAUAUGCCUUGGGCUGUCAGUGUAAGAAUUUAAAUUUGAGCCAAGGUGUAUGAAAGCUACAAUAGACGAGCGGAGAGUACUUAUUUUUCGGCAGCUUCUCGCUCUUUAGCAGGUGAUGGUUCAGACUUAAUGCCAGCUGGGCUUGCAAGAUUGGUGUCAGGCCAUUAAUAAGCCUUUGCAAAUUAAAUUUGAAUAAAAUCUGUUACACUAGUUCUCUAAACUCACAUGAACAUAACAAUUUGAAUUCUUUACACUAAAGACACUGUUGCCAUAUCUUGUUAUUCGGGGCAAGCAGUUGCUUAGUUACAUAAGACAUGCCUUGCACCAGUACAUUGUUGCACAAAGAGCCAGUCAAUUCCAGAGAUGGUGGUCGCUAUGCAAAAGCUUGCCCCAUAUCAUGAGGUAUAGCAACAGUGUCUUUAGCCUGGGGAAUUCAAAUCGUUAUCUUUAUGUGCAGUCGCAUAAGACAGUGUACCAGAGUUUAUACGAAUUUAACUCUGGUUUAUUUUGGACUGGCCAGAUCGAGAUCAUGUUGGCAUUUUAGUGUCCAUCAAUGGAGGCACUCUGUUUGUCACUCCAUGGGAUAAAAGAACUGAAGUGUGAUUUCAGUUAAUGUGUGCACUGCUGUCUGAAUUUUCAGCUUUUUGGCUUAGUUCUGAAAUCAAACAUGGCAUGCCGUGGAGCUUCCCUAGAGCAUUUAGAAUGUACUCCCUUCAGAUCUGUUGCAUGGCGGCCAUUUUGACUGAUAGUCAUGCAAAAAGUUGAUAAGCAGGAGACUGUCUGAAAAAGUCUGGUGCUAUUGGCGUGUAACUUAAUGCAGGUAUAUAUAUAUACACCCAACUCCAUGAGGUACCCAGUCAAAAUGGCUGCUUGUAAUGUUACACACGCAUGCUGUGCAACCAAACUGUUAUCUUGUAAAAACUGUUCAAUUGAAAAGUCGGCAUCAUAUAUAUGGAAAUUAAGGAUCUAAUUACAACUGGUAAGCUUGAAAUACAUUUGAAGUGAUAAUUAAAUUGAACAAUGAAGCUGGUCGACUUCGUCAGUUUCACUUCAUUGUUUGCUUGAUAUCAAAGUUUAAUGAAGAGAAAUUGUUCUGCAAUUUGCCAAGCAAAAUCUUCAGGUUUAAUUUUAAAUGUCCUUUUUUCUUUCUUCAUUUUUGUGUUUUUGUUGUUUUUUCUCUAAUUGGUGGUGGAAUUUAAAACAUCCGUGCUUUUCUGUUUUGGGUGAAAUUUCGUUAGAGGGAUUUUGUUUUGAUGGUGAACUUGAUGAACUAAAGUCAAUGUAAUUUCCGGUCUAUGAAAUGUCAAAAAUUAUGGUACAAGUUGGAUAAGUUUAACAUGACUCCAUUCCUUGCCUUAAAUAAAGAAAGAAUAAAUUUUCUGGAAAUGUCCAGAUUAA